CAAAAAACUUGAUACUAUGCUGACAACACCACUAAAAAAACUUUUUUACUAUUUGUUUAAUCGCUUUCCUUUAGUAUAAAAAUAUUUAUAAAAUAACAGUCUAAUACUUUGUAAAUACUUAAAUAGAAAAUGAAUCUAGAAUUAAGUACAAAUAAUAGCCGAUCGAUAUGUGAAGGCUGUUUAAGUAUAGAUCGUAAAUUGACACCAAUCUGUGAUGAUGAAACUCGAAGUUUUUACACGUACCUAGUAGAUCAGAUGGACCAUAUUAACCAUGGUGUACUCUUGUGCUGGGAAUGCAUGGCUAAUAUGAGGAGGAUGCUCAACUUCAGAAGACAAGUGCAAACGGCCAGAAACCACAUCAUAAGAUAUAUGCUACAAGAAAUGGUACUGCUUCCACUUACAAGAUUAUCUGUAAAAAAUAAUAACAUUAUAUAUGAUGUCACAGAGACAGAAAAUGAAUCAAAACAACAGAACCAUAUAUACAACUCAGACACAACAAAUAAUCCAAACAGAACCCAAAACUCAGAUAUUGAUUUAAAAACUAAAAACUCAGUGGGCAAUAUUGAAUGCAUUCAAAACUCAGUGCAACCGUUGACAUUUCUAAAGGUGGAAAGACAGGAUGAUGAGUUCGUUGAUAUGAAUGGGUUCUUCGUGGAUGAGAACUAUGAGGAUGUUAUAGAAAAUAAUGAUGAGAAAGUUACAGAGAUGAUAUUAAAGUCGGACUCUUUUGAAUAUGGAGAACCAAAACAUAAACCUAAAAAAACGAGAAAAACCAGGCGGAAAACUAAUGAGGAUGAGUUCAAUGAAUCGGACGACGAGCCCUUAAAAAAGAAGACAGAAGAUAAAAAAUACAAACCGAGGGGUAGAAGAAAAAAGAAGGAAACAGAUCAAGACGAGAAAGUGGACAGACGCAAGCAUCCGCGUCCGAAGCGCGAAAAGCCGGCGGGCGUGGUGAGCAACGCGCGGGUCGACAACAAGCUGCGGCAGCUCAACGUGCCCAGCGGACAGCUCGAGAUGGUGCUGCUCACCUGGGAGGAGGUGGAAGCUGAACGUCAGCAGGCUCUGACAUCGGUGGUGUUCACGCGACACGAGUACCGCUGCUACGACUGCGUGCUCGGCUUCAAUUACAGGUUCAAGUUGGAGAACCACAUGAAGAAACACGACCCGGCGGCGGGCGAGCUGGCGUGCGGCGUGUGCGGCGUGCGCUGCCGCCACGCGCACGCGCUCGCCGCGCACCGCCGCCGCCACCGCCUCAGAUGGCGCUGCGUGUCGUGCGGCGGUACGUGGUCGCGCGCGGCGGUGGCGGCCGACCACCACGCGCGCGUCCACGGCGCGCCUGCGCCCACGCACACGUGCGCCGCCUGCGGACACCGCGCCACAUCAUUAGGUAAACUCCGGAACCACAUUAAGAAUCACGCGGAACGCCAGAAGUGCGAACUGUGCGGGAAAACAUUCAGAGACCGCGCCUCGCUACGGACGCAUCUCUUCAUCCACCGCGGCGAGAAGGAGCACGCGUGCCCGCGCUGCGGCAAGCGCUUCCUGUUCAAGAAGGCCAUGCAGCUGCACCUCGUCACGCACGACGCGCCCGCGCACCUCUACUGCCACCAGUGCGACAUGAACUUCAAGAACCGCAUGUCGUACUAUCAGCACAUGCGCUACAACCUGCGGCACAUCGACCCGGCGCGGCUCAAGCACGAGUGCGGCGCCUGCGGCAAGCGGUUCGCGAAGGCGGCGCGGCUGCAGGAGCACCGCGCCGCCGUCCAUCUGAAGGCCACGCCCGUGCGCUGCCCCGUGCCCGGCUGCGGGUUUGCGUGCGCCUCGCGCGCGGCGCUGCGCGCGCACAGCCGCGGCGCGCACCGCGGCGCGCGGCCGCCUCGCAACCACGUGUGCCACGCGUGCGGCAAGGCGUACACGACAAAAAAGACUCUAGAAGGCCACAUGCGCAGCCACACGGGCGAGCGGCCGUUCAAGUGCGCCCAGUGCCCCUCCACCUUCGGCUACGAGGCGGCCCUGUAUAACCACAACAAACUAGUUCACCUCAAAGUCAAGAGUGGUCGCGGACGACAGGCCUCGUCCACAGUCCCCGCAGCACCGCUAGUGGAGGCCCCAGCGACGCUAGAGCCCCCGGUACCACUAAUGCCCCCGCUGCUACCCCUGGGCUCGUACCUUCAAGGCCGCCCUCGAAGUCCCACCUAGCACAACAAUAUCACAUGCCCAAAAAAAUAACUAUAGACUAAUUAAAUUAUUUUCAUAUUGAAUACACUAUUUUUUUAAAUAAAU